GAGAGAGAGGGGGGGUCUGCUAUAAGGGAUGUGAGUUUUUGACCUCAAGACGGGGACAACCUCCCUCCCUGUUUCGGGUAAAACAGCGUUACAGAGGAGAGAGAAAGUGAAACCAGUCCCUCCGAUCUCCUCCAUUGUUAGGGUUUGUUUCUGAAUGUGAAUGAUCAUCAACAUCAACAACAAUGGCCUCGUAUUCUUCCAAUCAAACGGUUCUGAGGGCCUAAAUCGGACCCUAUCAAAUUAUCUCUUCACCACCACCCCCACCACCACCACCAUUGUCGUUUGAUUCAUCGCCACCGUAAGAUGCAUCUCAGCCGAAUCUCCAAUGCAUUGGCUACAAAACGCUUUCUCUCGGUCAUCGUCCUCCAAACGACACUCCACCGAUAGCCCCCACCACAGGGUCGUCAGGGGCCUCCGUGGUCUCCGCUCCUCGUACCGGCGCCGCCUCGCGCGGGCCAGGAAGCUCUGGCAGCUCACGGACGACGACAUUGGCGUUGCCGCCGAGCCUUCUUCUAGUCUCUGUCGCUCACACAGCGCUAGAGACCACUUUCCCUCGCGUCGGUCGCCGUCGGCUGCGGAGCCGCAGCCUCUGCCCCUCCCGGAAUUGGCCGUGUUGCUCCGCAGUGACGCCUCCUCGGCUUCAACUUCAACUUCAAAUUCACAUUUGAAUUCUAAUGCGGGCAAUGUUCCUUUGCGGUCGCGGAAGGAGGGGCCGUCGAGAGGCGGAGAGGAGAGAGAAAGAGCUGAUGGAUUGACCGGGAACGGGAGGGGGAACGGAGAUGGAGUCACGUCGAGUUCUGCAUCUGAGAGUAGGUUAGUUUCCCAGGACACCCAAAAGAAUAUGGAGCGUGCUGAAACUCAGUCAUCUAGGAAGGUUCCUCAAGAACUGAAUGGCUUGGGAAGGAAUCAAGACAGUUCAUGCUCUACCGUUCCUAUUGGUAAUCCCACUAGCCCCAUUUCGAGUCCUGCACUCAGCCCACAGAUAAGUAACGGAGAUAUUUUUGCAUAUUAUCACAUGUCUCCUCAAGUAAUUCAAGUCUGGUCUGCACCUGAGAUGCCUCCUUUAGAUAUGAUUCUGGGUCUAGGGUGUCCUAAUCAAAUGUACCCUGAGAUAACUGCAUUUAGUGUUGAUAAUUCACCUCUCCACAGUCCAAGCCUAAGUCCCUGCCGAAACACCAGAAGUCCUACUCCUACUGGGCCUGCAUCACCAUUGCAUAACAAGUUAUCCCUCGAGUCCUCGACAGCACCACGUGAAAGUAAUGCUCAGGCCCAUGUCCACCCCUUACCUCUUCCUCCAGGUGCUGCCUCUCCUUCCCAGCCUGCUACUGUUUCCCAAGUUACAGCUAAGCCAGAAUUGAUGCCGAUGAAAUGUCAAUGGAAAAAAGGAAAGCUUAUUGGGCGUGGUACAUCUGGAAGUGUUUAUGUUGCCACCAACAGGGAAACUGGAGCCUUAUGUGCAAUGAAAGAAGUUGAGAUAUUGCAGGAUGACCCAAAAUCUGCAGAGUGUAUAACGCAAUUACAGCAGGAAAUUAAACUCCUCAGUCAGCUAAAGCAUCCAAAUAUUGUGCAGUAUUACGGCAGUGAAAUUGUUAAGAACAAAUUUCACAUAUAUCUAGAGUAUGUUCAUCCUGGUCCUAUUAAUAAAUACAUCCGUGACCAUUGUGGAGCAAUAACAGAAAGUGUUGUACGCAAUUUUACUCGUCAUAUUCUCUCCGGGUUGGCCUACUUACAUAGCACAAAGACAAUACACAGGGACAUUAAAGGGGCUAAUUUGCUUGUUGAUGCAUUUGGGGUCGUCAAGCUUGCUGACUUUGGGAUGGCUAAACAUCUUAGCGGACAAACAGCUUAUCUGUCUUUAAAAGGAAGUCCAUACUGGAUGGCUCCUGAGCUCUUGCAGCCUGCGACACAGAAAGAUGCUAAUUCUGAUCUUGCUCUAGCUGUUGAUAUUUGGAGUUUGGGUUGUACAAUUAUUGAAAUGCUGGAAGGGAAACCUCCUUGGAGUGAAUAUGAAGGGGCUGCAGCCAUGUUCAAGGUUACAAGAGAAACCCCAACCAUACCUCAAACAUUGUCAUGUGAGGGCAAAGAUUUUUUACGUUGUUGUUUUUGUAGGAAUCCGGCAGAGAGGCCUUCAGCUAGCAUGCUACUAGAACAUCGAUUCAUAAAAAAUUCACAGGUGCUUGAUAUUCCAUCUUUCACCCGGGCUCUUAGUGGGAUGAAAUUGACUGAUAGAGCACAUACUCCACAAGAGCAUUCUAGUCAUAAACUUGAUCAGGUGCCAGUAUCUCCAAAAGCACCUGCCAUAAAUGGAAAGCCUGGGAACAACUUCAUUUAUCCCGUGCAGCUGGCCAACAAUCUCAGCAUGAAACUCCCGACUUAACAGUGGUUCCACGUCAGUCUCCUCCUCCUCUUGAGGCCCAUCCUAGUCCAUCCCCACCUCACUUGGGUCUCAGUAUGUAUCAUCCUAGGCCUUCUGCAAAUGCUCCCAGCUCUAUCAAACAGUGUGCGCGACAAAGAUCCAUUUAUUGUGAUAACUUGUCAAAAGUGAAAUACCGCUUCUAUUAUGAUAUGGGUUUCUAUUAAAGUGGCUCGAUUCAGUAAAUGUUCCACAUAUCUUCGUGGAUGCUCUAUCAGGUGACUUGCAGCCAUAGGGAGUUGCAGCCAUCUCAACUUUAUUGUUGACACUUUGUGAAGAUGUGAGGCUACUUUGUUCUGGAAAAUAUCCUUGGACUGGUGAUCUAGAAGCAGUUUUUUGUAUAUUAUUCACUAAAUUAGAGCUUUGGCAAUUACAGAAGUUCUUUCAUGUAGGAUUGGGGAAUUGUAGAUAUCAGAAAAUUGAAUUUAUCCAGUUAUUUGUCAGUCAUUUUCUUUUCAAUUUACAGAGGAACUCAAUGUGGCAGCUUCAUAUUAGUUAUUUCAGUUGGAACUUUCAAUUU